AUGGGAAAAUCAAGACCUCGUUUCAAUGAGAAAGCUCGAGCAUCCUCUCGAAAACCCAAUCAGCGACCUCAUCCAAAGGCAAGAGAUGGUGGAUUAGGACCGCAAGCAUUCGAUCCAUCGACAGCAACAACAUCAACAGCACAAAAGCAGAGUAAUGAGGGUGAUUCUAAUGAACUUAUGAUUAUUCCCGGCGAAUCAAAGAAAAGCGAAGCCAACGAGCGCACCAACGCCAAAUUGACAGAGUCCUUUAAAGAGCCUGAAAAGUACAUGUCGAAAAAGAAGAGAAAGAAGAUGGAGAAAUACAUUGAACAAAAAUUGAAGAAGGAUGCCAGAGCCGGCUUGAUUGAAAAACUAUCAACUGCCUCUUGGUCUUCAGACUUGCUCAAAUCCUCUAAACUGAUCGGUAGAUCAGGACAAACAUUGCGUGAACAAUUGCGACAAGCCAUGCUGGAACAGAAAGCUGGUGUUGCCAUCAGUGAUGAGAGUGUACCUUUAGUGGUCGAAAAAGAGAUUGAGGAAUUACCGCCCAUGCCAGAGAUUGUGUAUGCAGCUGAAGCGCCCAAAGAGCAGCCUGUGGUAGGCAGUGCAUUAGCAGGUGGGCUGCCUCUUGUCAUGCGUAAACGAAAAAAGAAGCAAUCCACGAUUCCCAAGAUUGCGAAAAAGAGAUACAAGAAGAGAAAGGGCAUGGAAUCUGAUUCUUCAUUUGACAGCUCUGAUUCAGGAAAUGAUGACAGUGAAGACGAGCAACAAACCCAACAACACACAAAGGUGGCUGAUUUGUUGGAUGAGGUGGUGACGGAUGGAACAACACAAAUUGAAGCUGUGACAGAAGCAGCCAAGCACAUUGUCGUGGAUGUACCUCAACGACAGGAGGAAGAGUUUGAUGACAUCAAGGUGCAACUGCUCAAGAGUAAUCGUGAAGGCGAUUUGGCAGAGGAUGUAGCCAAGCCAUUCUAUGUGUCUGUCAACCGCACACCUGAGAUUCAAGCUGCCCGUCUCAAACUGCCCGUGUGUGGUGAGGAGCAGACCAUCAUGGAAGCGAUUCGCAACAAUACAGUUGUUAUUAUCUGUGGUGAGACAGGUUCUGGUAAGACUACCCAGGUGCCUCAAUUUCUAUACGAAGCAGGUUGGUCUCAUCCAGACAGCGAUAAUCCUGGUUUGAUCGGUGUGACACAGCCUCGUCGUGUUGCCACUGUGAGCAUGGCUAAGCGUGUGGCACAAGAAUUGAACCUGACAGAUAAAGAAGUAUCGCAUCAAAUUCGUUAUGACGCCACUGUGUCUGACAAGACGAGAAUCAAGUUUAUGACAGAUGGUGUGCUGUUGCGUGAAAUGUCUCAAGAUCUCCUGUUGACAAAGUAUUCCACCAUCAUUAUCGAUGAAGCCCAUGAACGCAACCUGAACACGGACAUCCUGAUUGGUGUUGUGAGUCGCGUGCUCAAGCUGAGAGCUGAACUGAGUCGUGAAGACAGAGACAAAAUCAAGCCUUUGCGUGUAGUCAUCAUGUCUGCUACUUUGCGUGUGUCUGAUUUCACUGAAAACAAGACUCUGUUUCCCGUAGUGCCUCCUGUUAUCAACGUCAAUGCCAGACAAUACCCUGUAGCCAUUCAUUUCAACAAAAAGACUCCCUUGGACCAUGUAGGCGAGGCGUACAAGAAGAUUACGAAAAUCCACGAGCGUCUGCCUAAUGGUGGCAUUUUGGUAUUCUUGACAGGUCAAAAUGAAAUCAAUCAGUUGUGCAAACAGUUGAGAAAAAGAUACCCAGCGCUGCCUCCCAAGGCGACAAAGAAACAAGUUAAGAAGGAAGAGCAAGCCAUUGAAUUGGAGUCCAAGCAGGUGAAUGAGCCCGCUGGAAAAGCUGAUAUUGAAGACGAAGCGUUGGAGUUGGGUGAUAAUCAGGUAGAGGAAGAUUUUGAUUUGGAUUCUGAUGAUGACGACGACGAUGACAUUGCUGAAGGCUUUGAGGAUGAAGAGCUGGAAGAUGUCAAGGAUGCGCCAUUGCAUGUGCUUCCCUUAUACUCUAUGCUGCCCACUGAAGCGCAACUGCGUGUCUUUGAGCCGCCUCCAGAGGGCACUCGUCUCUGCGUCAUUGCCACCAAUGUGGCUGAAACGUCUGUUACGAUUCCCGGUGUUCGCUAUGUGGUUGAUUGUGGUAAAUCCAAGGAACGCAAAUACGACGUCGAGACCGGUGUGCAAUCGUUUGAGAUUGACUGGACAUCACAAGCGUCUGCUGGACAACGUGCGGGUCGUGCUGGUAGAACAGGGCCUGGCCACUGCUAUCGCUUGUUCUCUUCUGCCGUGUUUGACAAUGAAUUUGAAAAGUUCUCUACGCCUGAAAUCCACCGUAUGCCCAUUGAAGGUGUCGUGCUGAGCAUGAAGUCCAUGAACAUUGACAAUGUCGUCAAUUUCCCCUUCCCUACGCCUCCACCCAGAGAGAGCUUGUUCAAGGCAGAGAAAUUGCUGGGUUACCUUGGUGCUAUCAAUACCAGCACAAAGCGCAUUACAGAGUUUGGCCAAACCAUGUCGUUGUUCCCCAUCACACCCCGUUUUGCAAAGAUGCUGAUCAUUGGACAACAGCACGGCUGCUUGCCGUUUGUCAUUGCCAUUGUGUCUGCGCUGUCUGUUGGAGACCCAUUCAUUCAAGACUACCAUUUAGAUGAGAAUCAGCCUGAAGAUAGUGAUGAUGAAGAUGUUGGCCGUCGCGAAUUGCACAACAUUACCAGUGAAUCCGUUGCUGAAAAGGAGAGAAGAAAGCUCGUCCGCAAAAAGUACUAUUCAUCUCAAAUGAAGCAUGCUGGUUUGGAUCCCUCUAGCGACAUUUUGAAGCUACUCAACGUCGUAGGUGCUUAUGAGUAUGCUGGUGCCACUGCCUCUUUCUGCGAAGACAACUUUUUGAGACCCAAAGCCAUGGAGGAGAUUCGCAAAUUGAGACGUCAGUUGACCAAUCUGGUGUCUAGCAACUUUCCUGAUGUAGAUGUCUGUUUGGAUCCCAAAAUGAAGCCUCCCAAUGCCGUUCAGCUCAAGGUGUUGAGACAAGUGCUGACCGCAGGCUUCAUUGAUUCAGUGGCUGUUAGACAAGAUGUGUUGGAAACAGGUGGCGGUAAAGGUGUGCGUUACAAGAACUCGAGAAAUGUCGUCUAUAAGCUACUGUGGAGCGAUGAGGAAGCCUUCAUUCAUCCAAGUUCCGUGUUGUAUAGUCAAGAGCCUCCUGCCAUGUUGGUGUACAGUGAACUCUAUAAGGGCGGCAAAACGUGGCUCAAAGGUGUCACUGCUGUGGAAUCCAAGUGGAUUGCAAAGAUUGGCAAGGAUCUCUGCUCGUUUGGAAGACCUUUGGAUUUCCCAUUACCCAAAUACACGACUGAUAAAAAGGACCGCAAGUUGGUUUAUGUAGUGCCUAGUUUUGGACCCAAGAGUUGGCCAUUGCCUCCAAUUCAAGUAGAACAACGCAGAGAAGGUACUCGUUGGGUGACGAGUUUGUAG